UUUUGCAGCUUUUAUAUUGAGGACUUAUCACUCGUCUGCCACCAAUGACUGUCACAUACACAGCCAGGGUUGCAAAUGCCCGUUUUUGUGGCUUCUCCAAACUGCUCCUGGCUUGGAAAGGCAGCAUCUAUAAAGUGCUGUAUAAAGAGUUCCUGGCUUUCUUUGCCAUGUACACAGCCAUCAGCAUCACUUACAGGUAAAACAGGAAUCUAAUCUUGAGGAAAUGCUCACUGAUAAAACACUGUUAACAUAAACUUUGUUUAACUUUAACUUUUUUUUAGAUGCUUUCUGUAUGAAGACCAGAAGAGAAACUUUGAAAAACUGGCGAUUUAUUGUAACCACUAUGCGAGUCUCAUCCCCAUGUCCUUCGUUCUGGGUAAGCACUCUAAUUUGUACCACACUAUGUUCAUAUAAUGUCAAGUUUUUAGUUAUGUAAUUUCAUCUUUGACAUGAACUUUAGUUGAACCCUCUGCUCUUGACUUCUCGAGCGAAUAAAUAAGGUUUAUUUGCUGUUUUUAUAAAUUAGAUGCUUACAUACAGGUCUAAUUUUUAAUUUCAGACAUUAAAAGAAGUUCCUUUAACGAACAAUUAAAAGGUGUAUUUGUUUACAUAUGGACUACCAUGAAUCUUCUUCUUGUUAUCCCUAAAAUAAGUUUUUGUCAUUUCACUUUUCUUUCUCCAUCGUAUUUAUUAAUUGGUUUAUUUUUCAACAAGCAAUCGAGAAUAAGAGCUGCUGUAUGAAUGAAGUGUAGGAUGAGUGUUAUGUAAGUGUAAUGUCUGUAAGUACAUGUCUGAGUUCAAAAUGAGAACGGAAAAGAAGGUGAAGACCCCAGGAGGCGUAGUUACUGCAUAUUUUGUUGUAACUAACGGUGGAUCCAAAACAAAACGAUUGAUUUUCUGACCUUGAUAAACAUUGAUUCUACUCUUGACAAAGCUCAUGCUUAUUCAAUGUUUAAGAAAUUAAAACAAACUUUAAUUCACUCAUUUUGACUUGACUCUGUUGUAUUUUGAUUACACUUAUCGGCUCAGAUUUUUCUGGGGGUUUAUCACUCAGAUACUAACAAACUUGACACCCAGAUUUCUCUGGGUUAACCGCCCUCUCUCUUCUGCUCUCCUGUGUGCAGGUUUUUAUGUGAACCUGGUGGUGAACAGGUGGUGGAGCCAGUACACCAGCAUCCCGCUCCCUGACAGCCUCAUGUGCAUCCUGUCUGGGGGCCUCCAAGGGAGCGACGAGCGAGGGCGCCUGCUGAGACGAACCAUGAUACGUUACGCCAGUCUGUCGGCUCUGCUCAUCCUCCGCUCCGUCAGUACAGCUGUAUUCAAACGUUUCCCCACCGUGGACCACGUGGUGGAGGCUGGUGAGUGUAGACGCAUGGAUAGGAAGGUUAGGGUCCAGUCUGUGCUUUAAUUUCAACUCAGCUCAACUUAACUCAGCUCAUCUUAACUCAACUCAACUCAACUCAACUCAACUCAACUUAACCCAACUUAACUCAACUUAACUCAUUUAACUUAACUUAAUUUAACUUAUCUCAACUCAACUUAACUCAGCUCAACUUAACUCAACUUAACCCAACUUAACUCAACUUAACUUAACUUAAAUUAACUUAACUCAACUUAACUCAACUCAACUUAACUCAACUUAACCCAACUUAGCUCAACUUAACUCAGCUUAACUCAGCUCAACGUAGCUCAACUUAACUCAACUUAAGCCAACUUAACUCAACUUAACUUAACUUUACUCAACUUAACUCAGCUCAACUUAACUCAACUUAACCCAACUUUACUCAACUUAACUUAACUUAACUUAACUUAGCUUAACUCAACUCAACUCAGCUUUACUUAUAGAGCACUUUAAAUACAACCAAAGCUGACAUAAAGUGCUGUACAUAAUAACAUAAAAACAUAAAACAACAAUGAAUAGUUGUUUUCAAAUAUGAUAAAAAGGCAAUAAAACAAAUGCCGUCUCAUACUGGGUCGAAAACCAAGGAAUAAAAGUGGGUUUUUAGACAGGUUUUAAUGCAUUCACAUUUAUUGCACGUGUAUCUAAUAUUUCGUGCUAUCUUUUCUUCACACCACUAUCCACUUAGGAAGUUACAGAACAUGUUACGAUAAGGUGAUCCGUCACUCUUACAUGAUAUUAGUUUGUGUUGUGUCCUCUCUUGUAAAUCACAAGGACAGGCACAUCCUGAAAGUCACACAAGAUAAAAAUAAAAGCUUAUCAUAGUACUGUUACAAAAACAUGAGAUUUCAGGCGGCCAAAGGAUGAAUCAUCUGGAUUAUUGAUAUGAAGGUGCUGUCUUUCCAAGAGUAACACUGAGCUGUGAAAAUGAGUGAACAUGAUGUAUGACGUGUUGAUUUGUUGUUUGUGAAGGAUUCAUGUCAAGAGAGGAAAGGAAGAAGUUUGAGAGUCUCCACUCUCCUUAUAACAAAUACUGGAUCCCCUGUGUUUGGUUCACCAACCUGGUGGCUGUGGCGCGCUCCGAGGGCAGGAUUAAAGAUGAUCACACGCUGAAGCUACUGCUGGAGGUGCACCAUUUCAAAGCCUCAUCUAUUAGUACAUUUACAGCUGUAAUCUUUUGCCUGAAGUUAGGUUGGAGACUUUGAGAUAGAAGAGAGGAGAAGUGGCGUAAAGUGAUCUCAGCAAGUCUGAUCUUUGUACCAACAGGAGCUGAAUGCGUUCAGAGGGAAAUGCAGUAUGCUGUUUCAUUAUGACAUGAUCAGUGUUCCCCUGGUCUACACUCAGGUACGUAUGUAAGAAUGACACUGCUGUUUAUGAAAACCUCUAAAUGAACAAACAAACAUCACACUCAUCUCUUCCAUAGGUGGUGACUUUAGCGGUCUACAGUUUUUUCCUGGUGUGUCUAAUUGGUCGCCAGUUUCUGGACCCCACCCAGGGCUAUCCGGGUCAUGACUUGGACUUGUACAUUCCCAUCUUUACACUGCUACAGUUCUUCUUUUAUGCCGGAUGGCUAAAGGUCAGGAGAAAGGGCAAACACUUUGAGAUUCUUAUAUUGAAUUUUGUGAAUUAUUUUCAGUGAUUUUGCAAUGUGCCUUCAAUUUUCUUUGGCCUCCUGAAGGUCGCAGAGCAGCUGAUCAACCCGUUUGGAGAAGAUGAUGAUGAUUUUGAGACAAACUGGCUGAUAGACAGAAAUUUCCAGGUAUGUUAGUCACAGUGAUUAAAGAGAUAUUCAGGUGUAAAUUAGAGUUAUGGUCAAACACACCGUAACACAGAGUUAGACACCCCCUCGAGAGAUGAAUGUUGCCGACUGCUCGCUUCUCUAGUUAUACCAACUUCAGCAAAGACCGCACGAUAGCAAUACACAGCGGUCUAUAUCUCCAAGUACAAACCUCAAUCAAAAAGCCACUCAUAGCCCCGACGCGUCAAUCACCGAGUGCAGCGGAGUUUCGCAGCUCAAGGAAGAACAUUUAUGAUUAUUACUUCACGAAAAUGCAAUCAGACUGAGACACUAAGGCAGAAAAAAUACCGCGUCUGCAGUGAAAUGAUUAUUAUGAUGAUUCUUACUUCAUGGGAAUGAGCCGCUGCACUCUGUGAUUGACUGGUCAGGGCUCCCCUCACAAAAACAAGCGGCUGCUGGAGGAGAGUGGGUGAGUUGUUUUUGGUGUCUUUGCUAAAGAAAUCAGGCAAAGCUAAAAAGAUGUUUGAUGGCUAGUACUAUGGCUGAGACCCUAUAUGUACUGUUGAUGAAGUUAGGUGCUGUUCUGAGAAUUAUUUGUGGUUAUAGAGUGGCGUUUUGGUUGAGGUUUGUGCUUGGAGAUGUAGACCGCUGUAUAUUGUUAUCGUGCGGUCGUUACUAAAGUUGGUAUAACUAGAGAAGCAAACAGUCAGCAACAUUCAUCUCUCGAGGGGGUCUCUAACUCUGUUACGGUGUUUGACCAUAACUUAAUUUUACAUUGGAAUAUCCCUUUAAUAUCAAAAGACAGACCUCAUUCAAAAGUUGCCAUAUACCAAAUUUAUCAAUAAUUUCUUUGAGUCAUUAUAAAACUACAUCAGAACUUGUCCUGUGAUUUUAAAUAGUGAUGCUUGUAUCUUCGUAGGUGUCCAUGAUGGCGGUGGAUGAGAUGUAUGGAGAUCUUCCCAUGAUGGAGAGAGAUCGCUACUGGAAUGACUCAAACCCUAGACCCCCCUACACUGCUGCUACUCUCUUUGUUCUUCGCAAACCCUCAUUCCAGGGGUCUACUUUUGACAUGGCGUGAGUCUCAGGGGGUUUCUCUCUUGUUCUGAGUCUAGUCUUGUGACUGUGAUACUAUCAGUGUGACUCCUCUUGCUCUGUGGGAAAAUGUCGGCGAUAGAAGUGAAAUUAUGUUGACUCAAAAUUGUGGUUGUGCCUUUUAUGUCCUGAAUCAACAUUUUUACAGAGACAGGUGAACUGAAUGACAUCUCUUCACAGGAUCCCGAAGGAGGAGAUGCACUUUCAGCCUCUGGAGGACAUCGCUGAGAACCUGGAGGAGUCCAAUAGCCGUCACCCAAACAUGGCGCUUUUCAACCGCAUACUCAAUGCAGCUCCCUCCCCUACUGGCCUCAUGGGAGGGGCCCUUCGGCGCACCUCAGCGCAGCUCCAGAGGCUACGCCACUCCCCCAGCAUUGACCAAUGCACCAGUGAUGAUGAUGAUGACGACAAUGAGAGCGCUAAAAUAGGUAAAGGUGGGUCUCUACCCUCAGGGCUGGGGCAGGACACUCAGAGCACGGUUUGUAGUUUCAGGGAGGAGAAGAACGCCAAAACACCUCUGUUGGAGAUCCAGUUUGGGUGGGAGCAAGAGAACCAAAGAGGUCACCCUGCCACCGCCGAGAAGAGGGAGGUGAGCGGUGUGGAGGAGAGGAUUGAUGAGGAGUGGCAGAUGGAGGAGGACAGAGAAAAAACAGAGGAUACAGAGGAGUGUACCCAAGCUGUGUCCCCUCUUCUUCCUGUAACCCCCCGCCACCCCUCUGCCUUCGUGUUUCACCCGUCUGUUCGUUCCAGUCUGGAGCACUGCAGCUCACAGCCUGCUAUCAACCAUAACAAGGCCAUUCCCACCAUUCCCAAACCUCCCUUUGGCGGGAGCAAAAUGUCCUUCCUCACGGUACCGUCAUAUGAGGAACCUCAGCGUUUUCGCAGCGUGAGCAUGGGAUCAGAACUCACCGGGUCUUAG